UUUAUUUUCAAUCUGUUUUUUAUUUUUUUAAGGUCUUUCUCAUUGCCUUUGUCCUUUUAAUGCUGGAUUUAAAUGGUUUCAGAAAACAAGUACAAUUUCUUAAAGAAAUAACUGAAAAUUAUUUAAUAUUUUUAAAAUUCUGGGGUGGAAAUAUUUUCUUGAGACAAAAUUACAUACAGAGGUUGCACAGACAGAGGUUAGAAAGGAUCAGCAAGCAGGGAAACCACUUCAAACUUUGGAAGAUGACAAAGAAAAGCCCAGUAAAUAUAUCACUGAAAUAUGUCACUUGGUAACAGAGAUAAGAGACUCUGGAAGCUUAUAGUGCCAUGUGGCAGAGGGAACUUUGAGGGGCAGAGGAAGAAAGGAAGAUAGAAGUAGUCCUAUGUAAAACAAUGUGCAGAAGAAAAUUCUCACCUCUACAGAAAUCUUUUACUUUGAGUGCAUGGAAGAUGUGUCGGCUCUAAGAAAAAAACAAAAAUAAACCCCCCAAAAUUCAGAGAAUUUCAUGCUAUUUGAAAUGAUUAAGAAUAAAUGACUCAUCAGGAUUGGGGAGGUGAAGACAGAUAUUAAUGGGGAAAGAAAUUAGCAGAGGGUAUAGGUUGUCAUUUUAAGUUAAAGAGAUGCACACACAGCAAGGCACAGAAGGUGAGAAAGCAAGGUCUGAUAAGAACUACAGAGGAAAAUACUCAUGGAUUAAAAAAAAUGGAUUUAUCUUUUCAUAGAAUAAGUAGGAAAAUAUACAAGAUAUGUGUUUCAGUUUUGGAAGGACAUAAAAAGUGUGAAAAAUUAGAUCAAAAGUGUGUCUAAGACAAUCUGUGAGAGAAGAAUCAGAUUAUGAACAAACUGACCUGAGGACCAUUUGGUGAAUUUCAAGACUGAAAAAUACUCCAGUUAAAAUUGUCUUCUGAUUUUCAUCCAAUUGAAUGGUCUAACUCCACGGUGGAUCCUUUAUGUCUAGCCAGGGGGUGUAUCAUUCUCGAAAUGUCUUUACUCUGCAUUAUUUUCCCAAUUGUAAUUGGUGAAUCAUAAAACAAAAAACAAACAAACAAAAGGGUAAUAAAUAGAGGACACAAGAUAAGGGAGUUAGUUUGGUCCAGAAGUCAUGAACCAGAAAGGGGCCAUCUUCUCCAUUUAACUAUUUUACUAAAAAUGAGAAAGGCAUGCAGAAACAUAGAACUUGAUGGUUGGUCUCUCAAUGACUCUUGGGAAAGGAGAGAAAAUUAGAGCAGGGGAGUUGGGAGAGAAAAGAUAAUAUGAUACUCUAAAAUAUAUGCAGCUAAAAUAAAUUUAUUUUUAAUUUAUCAAGUCUUGACAAGGAACAGAAGAUAAAACGGCAAUACCAAGACUUGAUUCUACUGACCUAGUCACCAUGCUAACAAUCAAUGGCUCAGUCUUCAUGCCCUCCAUGCUAACACUCAUUGGGAUCCCUGGCCUGGAGUCAGUGCAGUGUUGGAUUGGGAUUCCAUUCUCUGUCAUGUACCUCAUUGCUGUGAUUGGGAAUUCCCUCAUCUUAGCUGUAAUCAAAUAUGAAAACAGGCUCCAUAAACCCAUGUACAAUUUUUUGGCUAUGUUGGGGACCACAGACAUUGCACUUAGCACUUGUAUUCUUCCCAAAAUGUUAGGCAUCUUCUGGUUUCAUUUGCAAAAUAUUUAUUUUGAAGCCUGCCUACUGCAAAUGUGGCUUAUUCACUCAUUUCAGGCAAUUGAAUCAGGUGUCUUGCUGGCAAUGGCCCUGGACCGCUAUGUGGCCAUCUGUGAUCCAUUGAGACAUGCCACCAUCUUCUCACAACAACUUCUAACUCAUAUUGGGAUUGGAGUGACACUCAGGGCUGCUAUUCUUGUAGCACCAUGCCUAGUGCUUAUUAAAUACCGCCUUAAACACUACAGAACUACAAUCAUCUCCCACUCUUACUGUGAGCACAUGGCCCUUGUGAAGCUGGCUGUUGAAGAUAUCUGGGUCAACAAGAUGUAUGGCCUAUUUGUUGCCUUCACCAUCCUAGGGUUUGACAUAAUUUUUAUCACCUUGUCCUAUGUUCAAAUCUUCUUCACUGUCUUUCAACUGCCCCAGAAGGAGGCACGACUCAGAGCCUUCAAUACAUGCAUUGCCCACAUUUGUGUGUUCCUUCAGUUCUACCUUCUUGCCUUCUUUUCUUUCUUCGCACACAGGUUUGGUUCUCACAUACCACCAUACGUUCAUAUCCUUUUGUCAAACCUUUACCUAUUAGUCCCACCAUUUCUCAACCCUAUAGUUUAUGGGGUGAAGACCAGACAAAUCCGUGACCAUGUCCUGAAAAUGUUAUUCUCUAAGAAAACAUCUCGUUCAGCAUAGGGUCCUUCUGAAGAGAAUUAAUUCUAAGUAAACCCAGUGCCAUCGAGUCGAU